GGCGGGGCGAGGAGGCGUGGGGGCGGGGCGGAGAACGUAGUCAGGGCGAGCUGGAUACCUGAUUCAUUACCUAUUGGAGAAGCUCCGUAGGGGAGUGGACAUAGGGCUGGCCUCAGAGUCAGAAAGACUCAAAUGAGAUCGUGGAUCAACAAAGGAACUCCGGAGGCUACCUCAGGCCCUCUGAAUCCAGGUUGCAACUACUGUGGCACCUAUUAUUAAUGGCACCAAAGCUGUUGAUUCUUUGUACUCCUUUACUAUUCUCUGCAAGACAUGGCCAGAAAACAGUUUGUAUUCGUAAGUUACAUACUCCCUUCAUCUGCCAAAUAUUACAGCAAGUCUGAUGACAUAAUGAUUACAACCAGAGGAAAAAACCAAGCAGAACCACACACAGAAACUGCCCUAGAGAGGUGUUUGUCAAGAAUUGGUUGCAGUAUUUAUUCAGAAAGCCAGGAAGGUUUGGUCAAGGAAGCCACUUCUAUGCUUGGCUUUGUUGCUGUUGUUUGAAACCAGAGCUUCGAUAUCAAUGGCUAGGAGUUCGACUUCUCUAGAUUUUGAUUUAACCCAACAAAGCAAUUAUUUCUGGUACUGGCAAAGGAUGAAGGCUGAGUUACAACUUGACGACUAUGGUGCCUAUUACCAGCAGCAUCAAACCUGCUAUUUGCAGUCAGAUUUUGAACCAUAUUUUGAAUAUAACUAUAACUUUAUAUUUUAUGAGAAUGUUCAGAAUGUCUCUUCUGCAAAGGAGAACACUAAAGAUCUAGCUGAAAUUCCGGCUGUGUCAGAGGCUCGGACUACAAAUAGUGAUGAGGAACAAACUGAAGAUCCACAGAUUCCCUUGGAUAUUGAGAAGCUGAACAAGGAGUUUAUGGUGGGAAGUGAAGAGCUCUAUGACUCCCUAAUGAAUUGUCACUGGCAGCCUCUGGAUACUGUUGCUUCUAGAAUCCCAAAUAAUGUCCAGGAGUAACUGGGCAAAUACAAAGCAGUUCCAUCAAGAUGCUAUCCAGUGGUUAUAUUGAUACUUUGGAGUGGGCGUCAUAAGUACUUUUGUUUUGUUACAUAGGCAUUUGUUUGAAUAAACUUGUUGGGAGGAUUGGAACGUACUGAGAUAAUGAAGAACUACUCCAUAAAAAUAAAGAUAACCAGUAAAUGCAUUUUACUUAUUAUUUAGGAUGCAAGGUAGUGUACCCCAGGCAACAUUUGAAAAUUGUGCUUUCCAUGUAUAACCCAUAUUAGAUUGCCCUCUUGGGGAGGAGGAGGGAGAAUUUUGGAACUUAAAAAUAUUAUAAAAAUG